AUGUCAUUCUAUGAACUAACUCCAAAAGACAAAGCUAACCAAGAUUAUCCUUUCCAACAACUUGAAGGUAAAGUUGUCUUAAUUGUAAAUGUCGCUUCCAAGUGUGGUUUCACUCCUCAAUACAAGGGUUUAGAAGAAAUAUAUCAAAAAUACAAGGACCAAGGUUUAGUCAUCUUGGGCUUCCCUUGUAACCAGUUCGGUCAUCAGGAACCAGGUAACGAUGAAGAAAUUAGUUCCUUCUGUUCAUUGAACUACGGUGUAACUUUCCCUGUCUUGAAGAAAAUCGAUGUUAAUGGAGCAAACACAGACCCAGUUUAUGACUAUUUGAAGAAUUCCAAGUCUGGGCUAUUAGGUUUCAAAGGUAUUAAGUGGAAUUUCGAAAAAUUCUUAGUUGACAAGAAAGGUAACGUUUACCAAAGAUACUCUUCUUUGACCAAGCCAACUUCCAUCGAAGAAGACAUCCAAAAAUUAUUAAAAUAA